UUCGCUCUCACCCAACACUUCCCCAAGCAUCCGUCAGCCAUCCUCUUCUCCCUGUCACUCGAGCCUUCUUCGUUCCUCAAUCCUCAAUCCUCACCCACAUUCCCCUUCUCAGCUGCUGGUGUCCAGACCCAUUUCUCACAAAACUCUCUCUCCUAAGGCUUCAUCUUCCAGAUCUCUCUCGUUUUCUCUCUAUUUUUCUCUCCGUUACUGAACGAGGCUACCUCCUCUCUUUUCGCGUCGCCGUCUCGCCAAGCUUCCAUGAAGAACAACCGCGACGCUCUUCCUCUGCUGGUCUAAACAUCUGUUCCGUCAAGUUUCGACGACAACCAACCGCAAUCGUCCAGAAAACUCACACUUAAAACAGCUACCGUCGCAGUUGGUUCUAAUCAUUUUUGGGAUCUGCUGAGUCUUGCUUUUGCUAUUUUAUUAUUUUACAACCAACCUCAAUCUUUUUUAGCUUGAUUAUAAUGGAACUUGAAAAGUGGGCAGAUUAUGGAAAAUUACCUCAUAAUAGCCAUUCCUAUAUCUAUUUCCUACAUACAUCUGCCAAUGGAACUGCAAGCAUACUGUGGGUGUUCUUGUUUGUAUAUUAUUAAAUAUAUGGAAUAUAUGGCCAAGUAUAGUACAUAAAUCCAAUUAAGGAAGAAAGUACGUAUUUGUACUAUGAAGUUAGGAUAUUCUGCAUCUGCUUGGAGAAAUCUAUCCUUGGGUACUUCAGCUUUAAAUUAGCUGGUUUAAAAAUCAUAUAUUAGAGAACAUAUUGCCGACCCUAAGUGCAUGCAAUUAUUCUUUUUAUUUAUAGUUUUUUCCCUUGCGAAGUUAAUGAAUGUGAAAGAAGAUCAAAGCAAGCUCUCUGCUAUUGCAAGGCAAGGCUCAGGCAGUGCUUGUUUGCAGCUUAUAUGGUGGGUUUGUCAAGUGGAUCAUGGGAAAAGAUGAGGAUGGAAGGGACAGCCUUGCAGUUCAACUUGCAGAUGAGAAACACUGGGAUGAUCUUGUUAUUAUUAUUGCUGUGUUACAUUGUUGGUGAUAAGUCCAUUUUACAAGAUGCUGGGCUUGAGGGGAUAAAGGAUGUGGAAGGUUUGCCCCCACCUCCAGAAAUUAAGGAUGGCAUUCCAUCCCAGAAAUACAAGGGGGAUGUUAGUUAUUUUAUCUGCACGAGACCUGAGAGAGGUCCAGUUUUGCUUUCUAAUAAGAAUCAGGCUCUUCUCAACCCCGAAAACGGGCUUCCCAAGUAAGUUCGGAGAAUGCUAUUUUCCUAUGCUUAAUCCUUUCGCUGUCUCAAAGGGCUGGAGUAUCUUCAUCAAUCUGAUGUCUUUUAGAGUGUGACUGCGGUCACUUUAAAAUGACUGAAUAUGUCAAUUGUAAUUUAUUUUUCUCGUUCUGGAUAAUUUUCUAAGGUUUAUGUUAGUCCUUUUGAUAUGGUUACAAAUAAGUUGUGUAUUGCCUUCUGAGAUUUCAGCUGUAACUUAGGAGGCUUGUCACCGUUGGAUCAGUCCCCUCAGUAAUUGUUUGAAUAAAGAGUUACAUCCUUUUUGCUUUCA